AUGUUCGGGCCUCCAUCCACCGAACUCCCCAAGCCCUCAUCGCCGUACACCCCGGGCUGGCGAUUCCAAGCCCAAUCCCACGCACCUCUAGCUCCGACUCCAGUCGUACGUGAAUGCUGCAUCAGUAGUAAGAAUGAGCAGGAAGAAAAGGAGCAACUCAGCCCCGUCGAGCGAUGUGUGAAGCGACUCCCGUUGCCGGGCAACGAGGGUGAUGAUACGAUCAGCCUAGAAGUCACCGGCACACUGAAAGCCGGCGAUGGUCACAACUCCCAGGUCUUGACGGUCGAGGUACUAGACUCGACAUCGACAUCGCUGCCCCGCAAGGGCACAAGUCUCGUUGCCAAGAUCUCCGACCCCCUUUACUUCGAGGACGAUGAGGGAUAUCUCGACCCAUUCCGCUGCAUAGACAAGUACGACACCCACGAGGCCAAUGCAUAUCAGGCGCUGCGCGAGCUCCAAGGACGAGGGAUCCCGAUUUACUUUGGUUCUUACACUUUGAGCCUACCGGUAGAUGAAGGCCGCUCGCGGGCCGUUCGGAUGAUUCUGAUGGAGUAUGUCUCGGGCGUCACCAUGGCCGACGCGCAACCCGGGGACUUUUCGCAGGGCGAUCGGCAAACCAUCAUGAAAGAUAUCGUAGACCUCGAAAGCCGGGUCUACGAGAAAAAUCUGUGGCUCGCCGAUUUCGCGUUGACGCUGAACUAUUUCCUUGGGGAAUACAUUUCACCUCUCCUGCGCUGGAAAAACCCCAGACGCAAGGCGUCUCCCUUUGAAGACUGGGUGGACUGGGAGUGGGUUCCCUGGCUCACGGCGGAGUUUGCGCACACCGUGACCAGUAUCACGCCGGAAAUGCGAGAGCGAUGGGCGGAUAUCUGA